AUCAGGGAGGGGAGCAGAAGAGGAAAGACAGAGGGGGAGAAAGGAGAAGUGCCCGCCGAGUGCCGGGCGCGCGUCCCGACCAGCGCGCCCAGAGUCCGGGCAGCCAGGACCGAGGCCGAGCCACGAUGCCACGCUCGUUCCUGGUGAAGAGCAAGAAGGCGCACACCUCCCACCGGCCGCGCGCACGGGAGGACGGCCCGCUCUGGCCGCCGGUCCUGGGCCCCGCGCCGCAGCAGCAGGGCCUGGGCGCCAACCCUGUCCUCAGCGCGCUGCCCCCGAGCCCUGGCCUGGGCUGGGCCCCCCUCAAGCGGGGGCCGGAGCUGGACCCGGAGCCGAGCCUGCCCAGGACAGCCUUGCUGCCAGAAUGUGCCGCGGUGAGGCCCCACGCCGUGGACAGGGACUCACCACCCUCCGACUGCCCCCCGUUCUACAAGCCAAGCUUCUCCUGGGACACCCUGGCCGCCACCUACAGCCACAGCUACGGGCAGGCCGCCUCCACCAUGCAGUCCGCCUUCCUGGAGCGGGCCGUCAGCCUGUACGGCAGCCCCCUGGUGCCCAGCGCUGAGCCAGCCCUGGACUUCAGCGUCCGCUACUCCCCGGGCCUGGACACGUACCACUGCAUCAAAUGCAACAAGGUCUUCUCCACGCCCCACGGGCUGGAGGUGCACGUCCGCCGCUCCCACAGCGGGACCAGGCCCUUCGCCUGCGACGUCUGCGGCAAGUCCUUCGGGCACGCGGUGAGCCUGGAGCAGCACACGCUCGUCCACUCGCAGGAGCGCACGUUCGAGUGCCGCAUGUGCGGGAAGGCCUUCAAGCGCUCGUCCACGCUGUCCACGCACCUGCUCAUCCACUCGGACACGCGGCCCUACCCCUGCCAGUUCUGCGGCAAGCGCUUCCACCAGAAGUCAGACAUGAAGAAGCACACGUACAUCCACACGGGCGAGAAGCCGCACAAGUGCCAGGUGUGCGGGAAGGCCUUCAGCCAGAGCUCCAACCUCAUCACGCACAGCCGGAAGCACACGGGGUUCAAGCCCUUCAGCUGCGAGCUGUGCGCCAAGGGCUUCCAGCGCAAAGUGGACCUGCGGCGGCACCGGGAGAGCCAGCACAACCUCAAGUGAGGCCGCGCCCCCGGGAGCCCCCACCCGACAGCCUGGCCCGGCUGUGUGACCUCAGGCACUCACUCUCCCCCUCUGGGCCAACUCUCCUCCUGCGGCGAGAGCCGGACCUCUCCUGAGCCGACUAAAGCUGUGAAAGACGCGGGUGCGCCCCAGGGCAGAGCCCAAGGUCACAGUCACCCGCUGCGGGGCCUGGGCUGGCCGGACAGAGUUCAUCCCACCGGCCUCUGCGCGCUGACCGGUCCCGCUGCCCAGCUUCCC